AGGGGAGUAAACACAAGACCAGCCUGAAGAAUUGGGUUACGGAGCCACAGCGAAUUAUUUGUUGUUAUUGCAUGAAAAAUCACGAAGUACCGAGAGUCUUUGGAACUUGACCUCCAGGGCAGCCGAACGAAUACAAUCAGAACGUGCUAGAGCUUCAGAAUCUAUUUUCAAGAUGGAUGCGAUCAAGCUGAUCGUGAAGGCUCCGAACCAGCAGAUCGAAGACCAAACCAUCGACUGCGAUUCUGCAUGGAGUGUUUUGCAACUGAAAAGUCACCUUAGUCAAGUUUACCCCACACACCCUGCCAUCAGCGAACAGAAGCUAAUUUAUUACGGACAACUGCUGUUGGACACUCUGACCUUGAAGGACGUCCUCAGAGACCUCAGCAAAGGACAGAGGGUGCAUUCCCUUCACUUGGUCUGCGCCCCGCCAAGAGGAUCGACCUUCGGUACAACUUCCAGAAGAACAACCCCGCCUGUCAACACAGAUAGAACACGAACUCCUCAAGCAGAGCAGACGAGUCAGCCAAGUGAGCCUAAUUCUCCUCCAGUACCUGAAACACCGACUCCCAGCAGCGGAACCAGCACUUCGUCAGGCCCGGAUCUGCCUUGGGUCGAUGCCAGUCAGCAGCAGUUCCUGGCCACCUCGGCACAAAAUCCAAACAUCAACGCAUAUUCUGCUUUCUUGCCGCAAAUGUACAGUCCUGCAAACAUGGCCCAAAUGCAACACGCCUACUCACAGUUCAUGGCGCAGUACAUGUUUCACCUUCAACAAGCUGGUAUUCCCACAGAGACCAUCACAAACCUCCAACAGGGAUGGAAUUGGAAUCAGGGUGCGCAGCCUGCGGACAGACCUAUCGAAGCAAACAAUGCUGGCCAACAGCCGAAUCGCAACCCUCAAAACAAUCUGCCUCCCCAAAUGAUGGACGAUGACAUCGGUGGAAAUAGGCAGCGAGAUUGGCUGGAUUACUUCUAUAUUUCUAGUAGAAUGCUGGUGUUGAUCAGCAUUGUGUACUUUUACUCAUCACUGCACCGAUUCCUCUUGGUUACAUCACUUGGAAUGCUGCUUUACUUGUAUCACAUAGGCUAUUUCAAUGGCCGAGGCCAGCAAGCACAAGCUAACAACAAUCCAGCCCCCGAAAACAACAACCGAGUGCCUGAACAGCCCAUUCCCGAAGCUGGUGCAGCAGACCUGCCAGAAGGGCUGCGACAGAGACGGCGGGACCCUGACGCUGAGCAACAGGAAGAAAUCGCGCCAGAGGUUGUGGCUGGUGAGCAGCAGCAAGAGGACAACGCCUUUUCCGUCAACUUGCUUUGGACUUUCCUGACCAGCUUCUUCUCAUCACUGAUUCCUGAGCGGCCCCAGGCAGCUGCCUGAACGAGUUUUAACAUCUUAGUCACCAAACAGGAUAUUCAAAAUCAUAAUCUGGCUGUUUUAAGUAGUUAAGUAUGAAGAAAAAAACGGAAUAAAUAAAAAUUUUAAAAUAGUUUUUAUUUCUAUUGGUUAAUCAGUGCGUAAGGAGAAAAAUGAAAAAAACAAAUUAUAUCAAUUCAUAUUUAAUUAUUUUUCUUAUAUAUGUGUAUUUUUUUGCUCUCGAGUCCAUUGUGGACUUGUGCUUUAUAAGUGAAUUUCUCAUUAGUUGCUUCGUUCAAUUAAGAGCGACGCGAGUGCUGUUUUUACAAAGUGCAAUAAAAUAAUGGUUUAUCUUGCGCCA